AUGGAUAUUUGUAAGAUUCCUGAAAACGCCUCCAAGUGCAGCGGGAGCACCAUGCAGUGCUUCAUGGUGCUCAGCACGAAUGCACAGAAGAUAAGCAUUGCCACCCUGUGCUGCCUCUUCGGGACACUGUGUUUUGAGAACUCCCUGGUGCUCUACUUGAUCUUCUCUUCCCCCAGGACCAGGAAAAAGCCUUCCUACAUCUUCAUCAGCAGCUUGGCCCUGGCUGACAUCCUGGCCAGCGUCAUCUUUGUCUGCAGCUUUGUGAACUUCCACGUGUUCAACGGAACCGGUCCCUCCAAGGAGGCCUUCCUGCUGCAGCUGGGAGGGGUGAACACCUCCUUCUCCGCCUCCCUCAGCAGCCUGCUGCUCACAGCCCUGGACCGCUACGUCUCCAUCAGCCGGCCCUCCGAGUACAAGCUCCUGAUGACGAGGAAAAGAGCCUGGAUAGCCCUGGGGGUGCUCUGGGCCACCUGCGCCGCCGUGGCCGCCCUGCCCCUCCUGGGCUGGAACUGCUGCACGCUGGACUCCUCCUGCUCCGAGCUGUUCCCCUUCGUGGACCACAGCUACCUGUGGGGCUGGGUGUGCCUCACCCUGCUCCUGCUGGGCUGCAUCGUCUGCGCCUACGCCCGCGUGCUCCGGAGGGCCCGGCAGCACGCGGCCCACAUGGAGCGGCAGCAGGCGCAGGGCGGGAAGCAGAACAGCCGCGUGAGGAUGGACGUGAGGCUGGCCAGGACCCUGCUCAUGGUGCUGGCCGUCCUCGUGCUCUGCUGGUCCCCCGUCCUCGUGCUCAUGAUCUGCAGCCUCUUCUCCCGGCCCAGCGACCGCCUGCGCAAGGCGUUCGCCUUCUGCAGCACGCUCUGCCUGCUCAACUCCAUGGUGAACCCCAUCAUUUACGCCCUGCGGAGCAAGGAGCUGAACUCCUCCCUGAGGAGGGUGUUGUCUCGCUUCAGGAGGCAGCCGAAGGCCUCUGAGGAAAGCCCGGAGGCUGAGAGCACCCACAGGUCCUCCGUGGUGGAGACCGUCUGCGAGGACGCGCCCGGGACGUAGGGAGGCACCCGGGGAGAACCCGUCAGCUCAGGCUGCCAGAAGCAGUCUGGAUCACUUCCCUGUUUCUUUUCCCUUCUGAUGGAGGACCUGGGAGAUGAGGAUCAGCUGCCUGC